AGUCAAUUCACUAAUCUAUGGCCAUGAAAAUAAUAAUAUAAUAAUAUGAUUUAUGAUAAACGAUAAUAUUAAUAUUUUAAAAUUUGACAUUUUGUUGUUUGCUCUCUAAACCGUGUACCUGACACUAUUUUUAUACAAUCCUUUUUUUUUAGAUGUUAUAGUUGUAUUACUAACGUUGAUACUUAUCAAUUAUUGCAUUUCAUUUUAUUGUUUUUGUAUUUCAAGAACCAUGGGAAAAAGAACAGUUUUAAUUAUUCUAUUUCUAUGCUAUUAUGUAAGUGCAUAUUCACGUUCAGACGAAAACGAAACGUUGAAAAAAAAACUAUCCUUAAACAAUGAACCAGAAUUCAAUGUUCGGCAACUUAAUAAACCAUUCAAAAUUAAUAAACUAAAUUUAGUUUGGAGCAAAGCUAAACAGAGAUGUUCAGAACCGGAAUUGAGAUCAUUAUUAUCAGAAUUGCGAAUUCAUGAUGAAGACGAGCGAGAACUUAAGAUCUACAAAACCAAAAAUUUAGAUAAAGAUGGGGAAAUGGAAUCUAUUGUCCGAAAAAAACUCUUAGGUAUAUUGGAAAGAUACAAGUUAAGCUAUCAUUUUGAUGAUAGUGUGAAUGAAUCUCAAAUUAAUCAUACACAUUUUGAAACUCAAGAUCGUGUUUCUGCAGAUUCAUCUAAAGUUGUUGAUAAAUAUUUAUUACAUGAUAAACGAUUAAAUCAAUUAUGGGACCAAGCUAAACAAUCUGGUUUUACAAAUAUUGAGCUAAUAGCGCUGAAAGAUGAAUUUUUAAGCCACCAAAAUAAAAUUGAUGAAUUUUAUUCAUUGACAAAUGAAAUUGAACACAUGCAAAAUGAUAUACCCAUUGCGAUUUCAAAAAAAGGAUUAAAAGAUGAUUUCAAUUCAUUACACGAAUCUCAAGAUUUUACAGAUUUCAGUCAUAAACAAAGAAACUUACAAAAUCGAGUACGUGAUAUAAAAGAUAGCUUUGAUCGUCUUCAUCGGCUAUCACUCACCGGUCCAAAUAGUGAAGAGUUUGUGGAACCUAAAGUACAAGAAAUCUGGAUUAAAGCUCAAGAAACAAAUUUUAGUAAAGACGAACUGAUAUUUCUGCAUGAUGAAUUAAAAGAAUAUGAGCGACGGUUAUUAAAACUACGACAUUUUAAUGUGGAUCUAGCAGCUGGAAAUGAACAUGAUGAUAUUGAAAAAAAAAUUAAAAAAGAGAGUAGAAAUGUGCAAAAGCUACACAAAAUACUGGAAGACAAAAUACAAAAACGGAGGGAAGAAUUAUAGACUUAUAAUACUGUUGCCACUACUGGACAAAAUUAUAUUUUUAAUUUUUUAUAUUUAUUCAUACUUAUUGUUAAUAUUAAUUUUAUAUCAAUAGCAACUAGACUUCACUAAAUAUUGUUUGUA